AUGCUGUCCUUCCUUGGAAGGAAGAAGACCGAUCGGGCAUUCAAUUCAACUUCAACUUUGCCUAGAAAGUUCACCAAUGCUCCUUCACCAUCUGUCGGCAAACAACUCUUCGCCAUUGCUUCAACUGCAGAUGGAUCUCUGUUUGACGAACGGCUCCCUUCUUCCCUUCCGAGUUCUCCAUUGAAUGCGUCGCUGCCAUCACUGGGCUCCAAAUUCGCCGCCCAUUUCUCAUCUCCUAUCAAAACUCUGAAGGCACGAUUUUCUUCAUCGUACAAGUCAACAAACACCCCUACCACUCGUUCAUCCGCCACUCUUUCUUCCCCUGUAGCCCAUUGCAAUGUUAUUUCCCUGGAGUCCCGCAGCUCCAGCACUGUAAAUAGCCGACCCGCCACAUCAACACCACUUCUUCAACCCUCUGCAGAGAACGCUCCUUACUAUGAAAUAAUCGACGAUUUUUCUGAUUUGUUUACACUUCCUGAGCAUCUUCCAGAACCGACCCAGUCUGCUCAAACAGCUUCCGCCCUGUCACCCGCUGUUGUUAGCAUGGAACCAACUACUCCCUCAAGCAAGUGUUCAAGUAGCUGCCUUAAGCUGCCAGCUGCGAGCCCUCCACAUCAUUUCUCGAUCUCUCGUAAACGUUGGAGCGACCUUGCUCAUGGAUCCAGUCUUUCGGGAAGCAAUACAGAUGUGUCUUGCGCUACAGACAGUAGCAUGUGUAGCAGGAGAGGUUUCGGCAAUGAGCUAUGA